GUCGACACAUGAGGAAGGAAGCAAGCCACCGGCAAGCUACACCAAACCCAUUUCUCUGUCUGUCUGUGUGUCUGGGUGUCUGGAUGGAUGGAUGGAUGGGUGUGUGCAGACGUGUGACUGUCUACGACGUCCCACGCGGCCCGCGGCCUGUGGUGGGUAACUUGGCAGCGGCAGCGGCAGCGGCAGCGGCAGCGACAGCGCCAUGGUGGUCGGUCCUUCUGGCAUGGCCAUGGCGUGUGUGUGGGUGUGGGUGCGGGUGGAAGUGCUCCCAGAGGGCGAGGCAGUCCUCCAGCACCACACACCCCAAUAUCACUAACGACGCAUCCACACCCGGACCGAUACGCACCUGAUACACAACAUGCGCAGACAGACACGGACACACAGUGGGGCCAUAGGUGUAUCUAUGUGUGUGGAUGGAUGGAUGGAUGGCUUGAUGCGUACGAGGUAGUGUGUGAGGUCGAUAUCGUCGCUACGGGCGCUGGCGGCCGGGGGGCUGAAGGUGGCCGGCUCACGCUGCCGCUGCAGGGGCGAACGACUCGUGUGCGCCUGAGUGAGUGAGUCAUCGACACACACACACACACACAUGCACACACACAGAGAACCGUUGUGGCAUUUCGUGUCAUACUGUGUCCAUGACUCACCAGGACGCGCCGCUGAUGGGGGCUGAGCACGCGAAUCGUUUGCCUGUCCAAUAGAUAGACAGAUCCAUCACACACACACACACACACACCCCACAAAGCCAACACGACAAAUGCAAUGCUACCCUAAUCUGCUCUGCCUGCCUGACCUCUGUCUGUCCAUGACAAACGUCAACACGGUCUCCUUGGUGACACCCUCAUCCUCCACCGCCCCCUCAGCACCACCACCACCAGCCGUAGGCUCCUCAGCGGCCGUCCACACAUACACAGUGCACCGCUGAGACGGACCGUCAACCUGACGACACACACACAUGCACACGCGCACACCAGGCUGUCUGUUCCGGUGACGAUGCACAUCACCUACCUCAGCGGUGCCGUAUAGAUUGCCCCUGCCAUCGAGUAUCUUGAGCGGCGGGAUGGACGUGGGCGGCUGGGGGUGCAGCCGAGGGGCGAAGGGGGACGGCGGCACGGGCAUCAGCGCACCGCUCUCCGUGCUGUAGUCCAGCGGAACAGCCAUCGGGGGCGGAGGAGGGGAAGUUCCACCUGCUGCGGCUCCAGCUGCUGGCAGCUGCACCUCCGCCAACCGCUGACCUGCAAUACAUACACACAGACAGAGAGAGAGAGAAAGAGAGGCUCCCAUCUCGCCCACACAAACACCACGCACCCCUCCCCGUCUCUAUCUCUGACCUGUUUCCACCGCAACCACCGUCAGCUUGGUCUCCUCAACGCCGUUGCGCGGCUCGAAGGCGUCAAUCUGCCCCAUGACCUUGACGAUCUCCUUUCGGUGGCGGUCGACGAUGGUCCGACAGGACGGGCCGGGGGCGGCGGCGGUUGGGGGGGAGGGGACACGCUGGCCGUGUGCUGGAAGGACCCUCUGUGGUGGGAUGAGGGGUGAGGUGGGUAUCUGCAGGAUCAGCUCGUUGCCCGAGGGGAUCACCAUCUCGUAGCACAGAUACUGCAAACAACGUACAGAAGGAAGGAGAGAGAGAGAGGUGGUGGUGGUGGGGCGUGACGGUUGUGUGGCUGACCUGGUCCUCAUUCAUGCCGUCCUCCCCUUCGUUGACGGACGUCUGGCUGCCGCUGCUCCGCCCACUCCGUGUGGGCCGCUGACGAAGGGUCUCCUCCAGCUGCUCCAGGCUGCCCCUGGUGCCACCACGACCAUCCCUCCCCUGCCGCUGCACCAUGACCAUCCUGUCGUCCUCGUCAGAGUCGCGCGACAAGCGGUCCUCCUCGUCGAACUGGUCGCUCUCGUCGUCGAGCAUGAAGUGGCGCCGCUCGUGCCGCUCCUUGAGGUACUCAAAGAUGAUGUAAAACACUAUCACCAGCGCGAAGAUGACGAACAAGACGAUCGUCGAGAGGGCGAGGGCCCCGCGGAAGGCUGCGUCGGAGGAAGAGGGCACAGCUGGGAACAGACAGACAGACAGACAGACAGAGAGAGUAGGGGGAGGUGUGUUCGAGCAUUGCCCAUGUUGCCCGGUGCCCACUGAUCUCUGUCUUGGUGUCGUUGUCGGCCUUCCCGGCCUGUUGUUGGCUAGCAUCGCGCUGCUGUGUGGCGCCCCAUCCGAGUGCGGCGCCGAGGUCCUUGAGCGACUUGGCCACGGGGUCGAGCCCAUGCAUCCCCCUCUCGGCCAUCCGCUUCAUCCAGCCACCCUCACCACCCUCUUUCUCCUUGUCCUUGUGCUCUCCCUUGCUGGUGUCAUUGGCAGCUGCCGUCGGUGCUGCCGUUGUGAUGAUGGCAGUUGUGUUCUGAGGGGCAGACGAAGUGGAUGGGGAGGGGGUAGGUGUGGUUGUCUCGUUGACCGUCAGGGUGGCACGGGACAGGGCAGCAUGGGCGACAGGGGGCGAUGGGGAUAUGGCCGUUGGAGGCGCGUUCGUGGGAUCCAGCUGAUGAUCUACUGGCCCUGACGUAACUGUGUUGCUAUGCCGCUGAGAGGUGUUGUGGCUCUCAUGCGCUGCGAUGAAAGACGUGAAGGGCAGCGAAGGCACCCUGCCCGGCUCUACGAGGGGGAGAGCGUGGGUGUGGCUGCCGUGGUGAUGAUAGCGAUAGGACGAUACCAGAGGGACACAGGCCACCGACACCAGAAGCAUCAGCAGCAACAUGGGAUGAACCUCUCCAGUACGGUGUCAGUCUGUCGGUCAGGACGGCCGUGGCGGCAGAUGAUAGAUAAGAGGGAGCGUUGAGGGCUGAUGGUGAUGCCAGACAGGUGAGCCACGGCCGCCUUGACGUCUUGAAGGCGAUACACAGGGUCGUUGAGGAGCGUUGAUGGAUUGCAGGGAGGUAAGAGGGACGCGGGCCUUGGUGUUUGGUGUUUAUGAGCUCAUCGGCACAGCAGAGGCCGCAAAGGCGUCCAGGCUAUCAGGUGCCCAUCCUCGAUGGCUGAGAUCUGACGUGCGGGGCGGAAGUGGCUGACAGCUCAAAAGAUGGACGAAAUUCCUCGCCGUUUCUUCAUGAGGUCAAACAAGAGGCUCUGCUGGUCAACCAGAGUGGCGCCAUCUCCUCC